AUGCAGGAUGUUGAGGUGAAUGGAUCCCUGGUCAAUCUGCCCCUGGUCCUUGCAUCGGGUAAACUCUACGCCUAUUACAGCGGCUCGUCUGCUGUGCUCCAGACCGACUUUGGCCUCUCUGUGUCCUACGACUGGUCCCACUCUGUGUCGGUUUCUGUUUCUGAGAUCUACUUUGGGUCACUGUGUGGACUCGGUGGGGAUUUCAAUGGGAACCAGAGUGAUGAUUUCCGGACCCCAAACGGUUCUGUGGUCCAUGACGCUGUCACCUUUGGCAAUAGCUGGAAGGAUGCUGAUUCCCCUUUUCAUUGCACAGCCGUUGGGCUCCCAGCCCCAUGUAAUGAAGCAGAACAAGCCCAGUACAGAUCUCAGAGCUACUGCGGGGUCAUCGCAGACACUGCUGGGCCUUUUAAAGAGUGUAACCAGCUGGUUGAUGCUCAGAUCCAUUUGGAGAACUGUGUGAGGGAUGUGUGUGUGACUCGGGGCAGCCGGCAGACCCUGUGUGAAGUGCUUCGCAGUUAUGCCCAGCAGUGCCAAAGUCGCGGCAUUGCCAUUGAGCCAUGGAGACAGCGGGCUGUGUGCGAGUUAACUUGCCCCCCGAACAGCCACUAUGAGCUCUGUGGACCUUCCUGCCCGGCCUCUUGUGCCCACCCAGCUGUGCCCUCCCGCUGCCGGACUGCGUGUAAAGAAGGGUGCCAGUGUGAUCCUGGCUUUGUGCGGAGUGGCACUGACUGUGUGCCUCCAGAGCAGUGCGGCUGCACCCACAAUGGCAGAUACCACCUGGCAGGGGAAAGCUUCUGGGAAGGAGAAAAUUGCCGGAGAUUGUGCAGAUGUGACGGCUCCUCCCACGCUGUCCAGUGCUCCCGCUCUGCCUGUGCCCCUGGGGAAUUCUGUGGCACUCGAAAGGGGGCUUAUGGGUGCCAUGAGCGAACCAACGGCAUCUGCUGGGCGUCUGGUCUGCCCCAUUACACUACGUUUGAUGGGAAGCGAUACGAUUUCCAGGGCACCUGCAAAUAUGUGUUUGCUGAACUGUGUGGGGCAUCAAAGUCCUUAUCCUUCUUCAGAGUGGAAGUGAAGAACGAAAACCUGCCCCAUGUUCCUGUGGCUGUGACCUCGGAGGUGUUUGUCCUUGUGAACAAGACUGAGAUCCAUCUGCAGAGAGGGCAGCAGGGGACAGUCAAGAUCGCUGGAGUGACGGUGACCCUCCCAGUGAAUGUGAAAACACUAGGAGUUGCCAUUUAUCAGCAUGGGCUGUAUACAGUACUGCAGACUCCCUUUGGGCUGAGUGUGAGCUACGACCUGGCCCACAGCCUCUUUGUCAGCCUCGCUCCUGAGUACCGAGGUCAGACCUGCGGGCUGUGCGGGAACUUCAAUGGUGCCGCUGAGGAUGAUUUUGUGACGCGUAACGGCUCUCUAGGGAAGGACGCCUUCCACUUCGCUGCAGACUGGAAGUCGGAGGAUGUCCCUGGCUGUGACGACGGCUGCUCUGAUUCCUGCCCUGGGUGCGAAGAGGAGGAAAGUCUGGUGCAGUCCAAGUCCCGGUGCUGGGUGAUCCAGGAUCCCAAUGGGCCGUUCGCCUCUUGCCACUCCCAGAUUGACCCAGGCCCCUAUCUGUCUGAUUGCAUCUUUGACCUGUGUGUGUCAGGAGGGGAGAGCAGUGUCCUGUGCCAGUCCAUUCAGACAUACGCAGCCGCCUGCCAGAGAGCGAAUGUCACCAUCUCACCUUGGAGGAGCGAGUCUUUCUGUGACCCAGGAUGCCCAGCACACAGUCACUACAAGCUCUGCGAGCCCGCCUGCCGGGACUCCUGUGCACGCAGCUUGGUCCAGGCUCACUGCAGCCAUCUGUGUGCCGAAGGCUGUUUCUGUACCGACGGGUACCUGCGCAGCGGGGCCAGCUGCGUUCCAGAGAAGGAGUGCGGCUGCGUGCGCAAUGGGCUGCAUUACCCAGUUGGGGACCGGGUCUGGAUCUCCGGUUGCCAGGAAAGGUGCAGCUGUGAUGGCCAUUUAAAUUUUCACUGUGUCCCCGCCAGCUGUAACCCCAGCCAGCGGUGUGCUGUGAAGGACGGGAAGUUGGGCUGCCAGAGCCAGCUGACCACCUGCACGGUGACAGGGGACCCUCACUACUUCACCUUCGAUGGGGCAGUGGCCCAUUUCCAGGGCACAUGCGCCUACGAGAUCUCACACACCUGCAACUCCUCCCUCGACUUCUCCUUCCGGGUGGUGGCCACAAACAGGCACCGCAGGAAUCGCCGGGUCUCCUUCGUCUCCCGGGUGGACGUCUGGCUCGAGAAAGGGGAUCAGGACACUCACGUUGUCCUGGGGGACAGCAAGGCUGCUGAGGUUAACGGGGAGAGGGUGAGCCUGCCGCACGCCCUGGGCCCUCUGGGCAGUGUGACCAGGAUCAGAAACCUGGUGACCAUACAGACCCCAGCCAAUGUGGAGAUCCAGUUCAAUGGCCGCCACACUUUGUUCGUCCGCGUGGGCCCGGAGUAUCGGGCGCGGCUGUGCGGGAUGUGUGGGAAUUUCAACGACAUCCGCAGGGACGACAAAGUCCUGCCCAGCGGGGAGAGAGCCCGGAGUGACGCAGAGUUCGGGAACGCCUGGAAGUCUGAGCCCAGCCCGGCCAGGUCUGGUAUCCUGACGGAGCAGUGGGAUCCCUGA